GCUGGUGCUUAAUUCUUUCAGAGAGAUCAGAGAGAGAGAGAAUGGAAAGGCUCCAUGUAUUGGCUAGCUUUCUACUGUUUCUGGGUAUAUUCACCACAAAAUUCACAGCAACAAUGGCUGCUUGGCUGCAAGCCCAUGCAACUUUCUACGGCGGAAGUGAUGCUUCAGGAACAAUGGGAGGUGCCUGCGGUUAUGGAAAUCUCUACACCGAUGGUUAUGGCAUAAAAACUGCAGCUCUUAGCACGGCUUUGUUCAACGAUGGGAAGUCAUGCGGCGGGUGCUAUCAGAUAGUGUGCGACGCAACCAAGGUUCCCCAGUGGUGUCUCAGGGGCACUUCCAUUACUAUCACCGGCACAAACUUCUGUCCUCCAAACUAUGACCUGCCCAGCGACAAUGGUGGCUGGUGCAACCCUCCACGGCCACACUUCGACAUGUCUCAGCCUGCCUUCGAGACUAUUGCCAAAUACAAGGCUGGGAUCGUACCCAUUUUGUAUAGGAAAGUGGGAUGCAGGAGAAGUGGAGGCAUCAGGUUUACCAUCAAUGGAAGAGAUUACUUCGAACUAGUGCUCAUAUCCAACGUAGGGGGAGCUGGAGAUAUCUCUAAUGUUUGGAUCAAAGGGUCUAAAACCAACAAAUGGGAAACCAUGUCAAGAAACUGGGGCGUCAAUUGGCAGAGCCUGAAUUAUCUUAAUGGUCAGAGCUUGUCGUUUAGAGUCCAAACCAGCAAUGGACAAACUCGCACAGCUCUCAACGUGGUGCCUUCCAAUUGGAAGUUUGGGCAGUCCUUCACCAGCAAAGUUCAAUUCUAGAUGAUGUUGAUGUAUACAAAACCAUAUACAUGAUAUAAAGUUGAUCUGUGCUCCGUUUUCAAUAUAAAUAUAUAUCCUUCCCUAUUUGUUUGAUUUUCUCUGCUUCUUUCCUCCCUAUAUUGUAUUACACUUCCUUUCCCUUUUUGUUCAGAAGGAAGGGAAAAAAAAAAAAAAAUUCUGGCUGGGUUGUGGCUGAGUUUUGCUCAUGUGAAGCCCACCGAGUUGCAUUGAUAAAAUAUGUACGCCGAUCGAAAAGAGUACUGGAAUAUUGUAUGC